AUGCGCGCCGGUCGCGUCGCGGUGCGCGCGACGGACGCGCGCGCGACGCGCGUGGAUGGCAUUCGUGCGCGACGAGGAUGCGCGACGCGACGGCCGACGCGCGCGUCGACGCGUCGCGCGCGCGUCGACCUGGCGCGCGCGACGAGCGAACCGGGCGAUGGACUUCGCGACGCGCUGAAUGAGGCGCGCGCGGCGCCGGCGGGAGUGUCCGAGGAGGAUUUCGCAAACUUUUACAAGGUUUUGAACUGUCAGACGCCGGAGGAGGCGACGGCGCUGGUGCGGACGAUGUGCGAGCGAGGAGAGUUGACGGAGGGCGUCGUGGAGGCGGCGUUGGCGACCAUGCGAGCGGCGGAGGAGAAGAACGAAGAUGAGGAGGUGUUGCAAGCUUUGAGAGGGGUGUUUAAUUUUUUAUUGGACGCGUUUCAACAGGCGAACGCCCCGGCGGAGCUGACCGUGAUCGAUAACGUCGUCGCGGGGUUGAACGCGAUGGAAUCGGGGGCGGAUGAUGAGAACGCGGAGAACGCGGUGCUGGUGAAGUGCGUUUCGGAGGCUGGGAUGGAGGUGGGUUCGUUCGCAGCCUCCGUGGAUGGGUUUUUGGUCGCCAUGGAGGAGCAAGACGAGCAGUUUACGCAACAAGUGAGCGCGCUCCGAGCCAAGGGCGUGUCGCAGGAGCAAGAGGAGCAGAUCGAACAGCUCACGUAUAUGCGCGCCAGCGCGAAGGCACAGAUGUUGUGCAUUCGUGAUAUUUGCGCGCGCGUGACGAGCGCGUGA